CUGGAGGAUGGCGGAUACGCAUGCGCACACAAUGUAACAAGAUGGCGGAGAGUGCGGAACUCAAGCAAAUGGUAAUGAGCCUUCGAGUUUCGGAGCUCCAGGUGUUGUUGGGGUAUGCAGGGCGGAAUAAGCAUGGUCGCAAACACGAACUUUUGACCAAAGCUCUCCACCUACUCAAGGCUGGUUGCAGUCCUGCAGUGCAGAUGAAGAUCAAAGAACUCUACAGACGUCGCUUUCCAACCAAAAUGGUUUCACCAGUAGACCUAGCUCUGCCCGGUGUUCAUUCAGCCUCCAGCCUGCCCGCUGGCCUCGCCCAGCUGGGAUUUGACAGCCACAGUUCUCCAUCACCUCUGCUGCCUGUGUCCUUACUUGGGCCUAAACAUGAAUUGAGUCUGCCCCACCUUCCUACUGCCCUCCAUCCUGUACACCCUGAUGUCAAGCUGCAGAGAUUGCCAUUCUAUGAUGUGCUGGAUGAGCUCAUUAAGCCAACUAGCCUAGCCUCAGACAACAGUCAACGGUUCCAGGAAGCAUGUUAUGCCUUUGCUUUAACACCACAGCAAGUUCAACAGAUAAGCAGUUCCAUGGACAUAUCUGGGACCAAAUGUGACUUUGCUGUUCAAGUCCAAUUAAGAUUUUGUUUAUCAGAGACAAGUUGUCCUCAGGAGGAUCAUUUCCCUCCUAAUCUGUGUGUGAAGGUGAAUGGAAAACCCUGUAAUCUCCCGGGAUAUCUGCCUCCCACCAAAAAUGGAGUUGAGCCAAAGCGGCCCAGUCGCCCCAUUAAUAUAACCUCUCUUGUCCGACUUUCUACCACAAUUCCGAAUACAAUUGUGGUGUCGUGGACUUCAGAAAUUGGGAGGAGUUUUUCUAUGGCUGUUUAUUUGGUAAGACAGCAGUCAUCUGCAGUUUUAUUACAAAGACUACGGGCCAAAGGAAUUAGAAACCCGGACCACUCAAGAGCUCUGAUCAAAGAAAAACUGACGGCUGAUCCAGAGAGUGAGAUCGCCACCACAAGUCUACGAGUCUCUCUCCUAUGUCCUCUGGGGAAGAUGAGGCUCACAAUUCCAUGCAGAUCGAUGACAUGCUCGCACCUUCAGUGCUUUGAUGCUACACUUUAUAUCCAAAUGAAUGAGAAGAAACCAACCUGGGUAUGUCCAGUCUGUGACAAGAAAGCCCCAUAUGAACAUCUCAUUAUAGACGGACUGUUCAUGGAAAUUCUCAAUAGCUGCUCUGACUGUGAUGAAAUCCAAUUCAAAGAGGAUGGAAGCUGGGCCCCAAUGAGGUCCAAGAAAGAAGUGCAGGAGGUGUCAGCUUCAUACAAUGGUGUGGACAGCGAUUUGUCUCGAACAGAAGCACAUGAGCACAAACGGGGCACAUCUAAUGACAACAGUAAGAAAGUAGAUGUGAUUGACCUGACGCUGGAUAGCUCCUCAGAGGAUGAGCUAGAGGAUGAGCCCCCUCCUAAAAGGGUCUGUCCCUCAUUGUCACCUGUUUCCCCACCUUCAAGCAAGGGAGUCCUGAACCUACCUGGCCAGGCUUCACCUGUGGCCAGAGCUCCCAGUAUGCCCCCUCUGGAGACCAGCUACAUUCCUCCUCCUCCACCUCUUAUCCAAGACUAUCGCCACUACUACCACACAACUAGUGACCUGCCAGAUUUAAAUUUCUUCUCUUUCCUCCAAGGUGACAAUCAGCAUUACAACAUGGUGAUGGCUGCAGCAGCAGCUGCUUCAGCUUCAGCAACAGAUGAGCAUGACCUGCUGCUCAACCGUUUCUUGCCCUAUGGUUCCUCUCAGAUGUUGCGGGAGCAGCCAGGCACUCCAGGGAGCAGUGCACUGGUCGCCAAUGGAGGUAGCAACAGUGGCAGCACCAGUAGUUUGGUGUCGUCAAGCAGUUUGCGGGACCGUGACAAAGACAGGGACAGCCAUAGCCUCUCAGGAUUGUCAAGGUCCUCGGUGGAAGCUGCGGCAGCGGCAGCCAUUUAUGGCUCCAUAUCUGACGUUAUUUCUCUUGACUAAAUCCACACAGAAACUGAAAGACAAGGGAGACCUCAAGAACAGAAGUUCUUUGUAAAUAAGAAAGAGGAAGAUGAAAGAAUACAGUGCUAUGUACAGAGAGGAAAAUCUAUUUUCAAUUUUACUUAUCAUAUGUAUAUAAACUUAGGACGCUUCUUGUCCAGUGAGUUACUUCAGUUGAUAUUUUUCUGUGAAUACUGAAGACUUUUUCACACCUCUUCAUGUGGUCCUUUUGAUUAUAUUGUACCUUUUGUACCUGGUUUUUACAGUUUUGUUUCAAUACACCAUGUCAAUGGCAUUAUUUCAGUAUAAUGUGCACAGAAUCUAAUGAAGUGAUAUCUAAACAUGAUCGUUAGAUAGUAAAGAAAAUGGGCAUUGUGGUAGAUGUACAAAAGGCGAGUCACAGCAAAACAGGAAAAUGUAUAACACUUUCAUUAUUUUCUAACUCACUAAUGUUUUGGCAGCAGAAAGAUCUGGCCAUUUUUGCCAUCACUAGGUUUUUACGCAAUAUAUCCAUGCUGUGGUCAUAUUUUAAGGAAUUAUUUAUGAUGUAAAUUAUGUUGGAUGUAUGCCUUUUUAAAGAAGCAUUCCCUAUGCCUCUAGGACCUGUUGCCACUAGAAUUGCAAAAGUGAAUGCUAGAUCCUUCUGUUGUCAUAACUGCACCCUACUCCUAAUUUUUGCCAGUAGACUUAAGUCAUAUUUAUAGUUUAGAGUGUAUUUGAAUACAUAUAAAUUGUGAGCAAAUCAAUGUUGUAACACAAGGCUUUUUUAAUGUAAUAAUGGCUCUGGUCCAUCAAACAGCCUUCUGUUCUAAACAUUUAGGAGUUAAAUUAUCACGUGUUUCAAUUACAGCAGUUUGUUUGUAUAUUACUUUUAAAAUACACAGAAAUUAUGGUGAAGUGUCAACACACCACCACUAAGGUUCAUUUCUGAUCCACUGGUAAUUCCUUGGUUGGUAGGAAGUGUUUGUGUUUAAAGAAGUUAAUGACAUUUCAUGUCUUUAUGAUUUAUGAGCAAAUUAGUACUUGCUUUUUUGCAUAACAGCUGUCUGGAGCAGUAACGUGUUCACAGUUGCAUUAAACACUUAAAGAGUAGUUUUUACCUUUGCAUGUCUGCAAACUACCUGUUCACCUGUUUUGGAUGCUGUGCUGCUCCUCAGUGAAGCCACAGGAUGCAUAGCACUUUGCUGUUUGGUGUGUUUGCAGCCGCCCUUAACUGUGAUAGUCUUACAGUGUAUCACAUCAUGCAUUUUGGCCCAGAAGUUAAAACCAUCAAAGUUAUUAUGAACGCCUCUCCUCCCUUUUCUUGUGCUUACAGUUAGGCUUAUUUAUUAUCUUAUAUAUUUUCAGCAUUUGUUCGAUUCGUGGAUAUGCAUUGCGGUCACUGUAUGUGAUAUUCUUUUGUAAUUAUAUAAUUAAUGCUAUUUAAAGAUGUCAUUGUUGCUUGACAUGCAUUGUAACAUUUUCCUUUUCUCUGUCAGAUGAUGUCAAUAGAGGCUUUGAUCAUUUUGAAAUGCUACAAGGUCCACUGUGCUGUUUGAUAUUUGUAAAAUUAAACAGAUAUGAGAAUUCA